GAAUGCAAUGCGCUCGUGAAGUAGAUAGUACAUUACAUGCAUGUAAUUAUACCUUAGGUACCUACCUCAUAUAUUUAGCUAAGAUAGGUACCUAAUGCCCGUUACGGGUAUGCGGUGAUACGGGCAUCUUGGGACUGGAAGCAUACAGGUAUCAUCUCAUAUCACUCACACCUUCUUCUACUUCCUCCUUCUCCAAAGUCUAUCUACAGCGUUGUCUACAGCGUAAUUCCUGUCAUGCCCUCGUCCAACACGCCAACACGCCAACCCCUCCUCAACUUUCGUCCAGUCCACACAGUACAGCACCCUCGUCUUAUUAGUACGGGCAGCUUUUCACUUGUAACUUCAAGUUUAGCAGUCUUACAAGAGUUCUCUACUACUUCUCGUUAAUGGCCCUUCUAAGGUGUCUCUUAUCACCAACAUGUUAAUCCGUCGCCUGUCCGAUACGUUAAUGCUUGCCACGCUGAGCGGACUAGCUCUACUACCGACGACAUGGGCCAAGGAAACUCAGUAUAUCACCGGCACAAGCCUCGACGGUGUCAAAGCGAAUCUAGCUCUCGAUAGGAGGCCAGCCUUAUAUACUGGCGACUUUGGUGAUUGUCUUGCUGGACAAAGCUUGCUAAAUAUCACCAAGUUUGACGCCGCCUUCUAUUACGAUAAUUCCACCGUCCUCUUCCACCUUGACGGAACUACCAAUAUACGCAAUGAAGAUGUUAUGUUGUAUAUAUCUGUUGAAGCUUACGGCGAAAGCAGGUUUGCGAUGGCAGUAAAUCCGUGUAAUGUAAACAUUUAUAGCAUGUGUCCAAUGAAAGCCGACCAGCCUAUCCAAGCAUUCGCUUUAUUACCAGUCGGUCCACUACAAGUUUCUGGAAUACCACAAAUCGCUUACGAGGUUCCUGAUAUCGAGGGGUUCGCGCGGAUACAAAUAUUCGCAAACUCCAGCCAAACCGAGAUCGCAUGUUUCCAGGCGGUGAUGAAGAACGGGAAUACAUUUUCGCAACCCGAAUCGAUCAGUACGGUCCUGGGUAUUUUCACCCUCGUGGCCAUAAUAGCUUCGUUUGUGACAGCAGCGUACGGUGUCAGCAUACCGCAUAUGAGAAGCCACUACGCACACUCGCUAUCCGUCCUCGUUAUUUUCGAAACCUUCCAAUCGAUAUUCUAUUCAGGCGCCUUGUCGCUACCUUGGCCCAGCGUGCUUCCGGCGUGGUGGAGCAAUUUUGCAUGGGCUGCUGGCUUAGUACCCAGCACCGAGAUAGUGAAUUCGAUUAACCCCUUUGUCGGUGUCAGCGGAAACUCCAGCCAGGUCGGAGGAGCCGGUUCCACGGUCGUCAAUAAUCAAGGAGGCCUUACUCAACAGAUUUAUGGUCGCUCACUCGUGUCGUAUAUCGCUAAUGGAUUAUCCAAGAGAGGCCCCGAGGUUUUGAAGAAAACCGGGAGCCUCUUAGGGAAGAGGCAGCCUUACAACUCAAGCGAUCCCUACGACUAUAAUUGGAAUGGCAAUCCUGUCCAUCCGGGAAUGCCAUUACCUGGAAGCUGGCCUGGGUUCGCAGGGGAGUUAUCUGAAUUGGGCAUUCCCGCUCCGAACGCGUUUAUGAUCGGGCUAAUCUGGCUACUCGUCGUUAUUGGGCUUGUAGUCGUCCUGCUCGUGGCUUUCAAAUAUACCCUCGAGGGUUUGGUAAGAUUAAGAUGGAUUAAACAAGAUCGCCUAGAGUAUUUUCGAUCCCACUGGACAGGCUACCUGAUCCUCGCUGUACUCCGGACGCUAUUCAUUGCGUUCUUCUCUAUCACGACCCUAGCCAUGUUCCAGUUUGCCAUUUGUGGUUCUGCCGGACCUACUGCAAUAGCUGCGAUUAUUUUCGCCAUUCUACUGGUUGGUAUGGGUGGCUUAGUCCUAUAUGCGCUUCACUUUCGACUACGUUUUAGCACGUUUUCCAUGGAUCCCGACCGCAUCUUGCUUCGACGUGGCAAGAUGUUCGGAUGUCUUCCCUGCCUGAUACCACAGCGUCUUAGUCAGUUGAAAGAAGAAGAGCUGGGAGAGAAACCAGCUGGUUCCUUACCCUUUAUUCGCUUGCAUUUCGUCGAUGACAAUCCCAGUCGGAAAAAUGUACACCAGGACGAGGUGUAUGUGAAACGAUUCGGUUGGUUUUCUGCACGAUAUAGACUCUCACGGUGGUGGUUCUUUGCCGCUUGGCUAUUUUAUCAAUUCAUUCGGGGUUGUUUUCUGGGUGGUGGUACAGGCAACCCCCUCGCUCAAGUUUUCGGACUGUUUAUUGUCGAUAUUCUCGCUCUCGUUAUCAUCGCAGCCCUUAAUCCGUAUGAAGGGCAACGCAACACUGCUCUAGCAGUUUGGCUACUAGCGCUCACUCGAGUGAUAACAACGGGCCUAUCGAUUGCCUUUCUUCCUGAUUUCAAUCUCAAUCGCAUCGUGGUCACAGUGAUCGGGAUCGUUAUCAUUCUUAUACAAGCCCUGCUUACAAUAGCGGUCAUGGUUCUGAUAAUCAUCGGUGGUAUAUCCUCCUGGAUGUCCUUAUCUCGAAACCGGGAAUAUUUUACUUCGCAGAGCCUAGAGGGAAUUCGGAUUCGUUAUUUUGAACACAUUGAGCAAAGAGCAACAGACCAGCCUCCGCCGCCGAAGCCCAAAACGAAAGCAGGAUUUACAUCUGGUUCCACUGAAAAGUUCCCAGAAUUACCACUGGAGCCACAUUUUGCAGUCAAGUCCGUGAGGCGAGCUCCCAAAAUAGAAGACGAGGAUGAUGACUAUCUGGCCGAUAUAAACCCAGUUCGUGUGACAUACGGUCCUGUGGGGAGGACCAGCCGCACUGCUAGUGUCAGUUCGCGGCGUUCAGUCAGCAGCAUACCCCGUGGAGCGAGAGGGCAACGCGCUUCGUGGAGUUCCAGGGAUUUCUCUCAAGCGGACCUGGAUCGACCUAAUCCUGCUCUCGUGAGACGAAUGAGCGGCGGUGCUCGGCCCGGCUCGGCGAAGAUGGCGGAUUGCCCGCCGGGCCAGGCUUCAGGAACACCGACUCCCAGCAGACCAAUGACUCCUACAAAGGAAGUCCCUGAAAAGGGAGCGGAACUGGAUGAGGUAAAGGAGAUUGAGAACGAGAAGGACGCUGAGAAGGGUCUGGAGGACUCUCAAUAGUCGUGGGAAUCCUUGGACAAUUCCAGGAUGGCACUUAUUAGUUAAGGAUCGGCCACGAAUUUUACGUUCGUAUUCCGGAUUCCUAGCAUUUAUUUGUUUAGGCUGCGAUCAGUUUAUACCCCUUACGCGACUUUAUUCCGAAAGUGGACGCGAUACAUCGGGCGGUGCAUUGGGUGGCGUUUAGAUUACAUGACGAAGGAAAUAUAUUAUGAGAAAUGAAAUGGUGGACUUAAAAGCUAAUUGAGGUCUAGGUUAGGUAGGCAUAUCUUAAGCUGAGAAAUUCUCUAGGUUAGGUACCUACAGGCACUGUCCAAAUAGAGAGAGAUAAUCAAAGCCAUGAAAUCACUUGGGAGCCAGCCAAGGUCUUGGGAUGCUUGAUUGCCCAAGAAAAGAAAAUAGAAAGAACGAGCUUGGAAGAUUAGGUUCUGCGCCAUGCAUGUACGCAAUGUGGUAUCAUUCAUUCUUCAGACUGAACAUGUUUUUACCAUUCCUGUUCCCUCCCUCCCUUUUCCGCCAAAUAUCGUUUUCGUAGCCCUCGUCCGUGUACCUUGGCCUUAACCCCCGAAUCCCACACCAGCGCUAGAUAGGUGCGUAAGGAAUAAUAUCAGGAAAAAAAAAAAAAAAAAAAAAAAACAAGACACAAGCUUUCUCUCCCUCUCCCUCUCCCUCUUUGUCUGUCUGUCUUUCUAUAUCAACCUCCAUCCUCGCG